GCUGACUCAGUAGACCAAAGAAAAAAAAAUAAAGUAGGUGAAGUUCAAAAUCUGGAGGAGUUUUAUUUAAGGAAAAAAGGGAUUUAAUCCCUGAAUCUCAUGGCGAAAGUCUCGCCAGACACGAAGAAUCUCAUCCCAGUGGAAAUGCAUUGUUUUUAAGUGGAGUGCGUUUUGGGAAAUUCGUACUCUUGGUGCGAAAAAGCAAAACACAAACGAAAUUUCCGGAGGGGCAGUUGAAAAAAAAUCCUCUGCGCAGUCUUGUGGCUCUCUCUGACCAGUCUAUCGAUUGCUGUGUCGCAGUCUGGAGCGUUUUCUCUGUGCUUUUCAAAGGAAAAGAUUUAAUUGUUUGUAUUUCGCUUGGGACAUCCACUCAAGAGGCGCGACAGCUCAAGUGGUUGUGUGUGGUGGCACAGAGGUGUGAUAAAUCUGACCGAUAAGAGGAGGGCUCUUGAGAAUCACGGUGCUCCUGGACAGCGUUUGUGCUAAUCUAUUAAUGGUAAUCGCGAGAGGAGCGUACGAGGGUCCCAUUAAUUGUAAAUCAACCACGCAAAUCGAUUGUCUUGCGGGAGAAAGUGCCGUGGAGAAAAUAUGUCAGCUCUACAUUUGGGCCCGAAUAUUGAGGGCUCCUAUGUGCCCAUUGAAUCGUGCACGGAAGUCAGGGAGAUCAAUGAGGAGGACGAUGAGGAUUUCCAGGAUGCGUGCGAAUCCAUCCCACCGCAACCUGCUGCCGCAAUGAACCUGGAGACAUCCCUAUUGGAAGCCAAUUUGGCACUUGAUUACUUCUUCAACAAUCGCUUUGCCGAAGCGAGGAACAUCUUGAAGCCCUGGGCAUCAACGAGUAUGUACCACUCUGUGGGUACAUCGGUCUUUGCUGUUCUCGAAGCCGUCCUCACAUUUGAACCGCAGCACAUCCUGGAAGCUGCAUCAGCACUCAAAGUGUGCCUAUCGGUGUGCAAUAGGCACCGAAAGAAAGUUACCAUAACUGAGACAAUUGGGAAGACCUUCAAGCGUCCCAAUUAUGAAUCCUACACUGCAUUGGAAGCCCAUGCUGAGCUAUGUGCUGCUGAGGCACUCCUUAUGCGCGCCAUGAUUACAUUUAUUGAGGAUGAAACACUCACGAGCCUCAUUAAGGGUGGCAUGAAGAUACGAGCGUGCUUUGGCAGCUACAAGGAGUGCAGUAUGCUGCUCAAUCAAGUUAAGUGGCCUUCGGCAGAGACACGAUUGCACUUUGAGAGUGGCGUAAGGGUGGGAUUGGGUGGGUUCAACCUCAUGGUGUCGCUGCUACCGGGACGUGUGAUACGUUUGCUGGAAUUUAUUGGAUUCAGUGGGAAUAAGGAGUUGGGGAUGCGUGAACUCCUUGCGGGGUAUCACUUGAAGGGACUGCGGCAGGUGCUGUGCGUAAUGGGCCUCCUGGGCUAUCACUUGAUCGUGUGCUACGUGCUGAGUCAUCGUGAGGGGGAUUUGGCGUUUUGCGAUGAAAUUCUCGAGCAGCAACUUGAAAUCUAUCCGAAUGGUGUGUGGUUCCUCUUCUUCAAGGGACGCCUGGAGUUUAUGCGGGGGAAUCUCGAAGAGGCGACGCAGUGGUACAAAAAAUCCUGGCGCUCACAGAAUGUUUGGCCACAAUUUCAUCAUGUUUGCUUCUGGGAGUUGUUGUGGAUUAACUGCUUGCGUCAGCAGUGGCGCGAAGGGCUGCUGUAUGCAUCCAAUUUACUCGAUCACAGCCGAUGGUCACGUACAAUCUAUACGUACCAGAAAGCAGCAAUUCUCAUGCAAAUCCCCGAAGAAGAUCUCACCCCGGAUGAACGACGCUCCAUUGAAUUCCUCAUGAGGGAUGCCCCAUUGCAUAAGCAACGAAUUGCCGGGAAAUCCAUCCCAUUGGAGAAGUUUGUUGUGAAGAAAUGCGAAAGGUUCUUUGCGCAGGGAAAGUACUUGCUGCUAGCGGCUGUGGAGUUAAUGUACAUUUGGAAUAUGUUUAAAAUUCUUGGGAGGCAUUUUCAUCUCGCCGAUGGGAUUAUGAAGCUCAUUGAUAAGGUAACGGCUGACGAUCGCAUGCCACGAACGAAAUUUGAUGCUGACAAUAGGGCACUGGCGAAUCUCCUCAAGGGCGCCUGUCUCAAGCAGAUGAAGAGUCCACUGCAGGCACUCAAACACUUUGAGGCUGUUGUUGCAAUGCACAAAGACAUCAAGGAGGACACGUACUUGAUCCCCUAUGCCAUUGUGGAAAUUGGACUCAUCUAUGCUGACCAGGGAAAACGUGAGAGUGCCAUAAUGGCUCUUGAAGAUGCAAAGAAAAAUUUUACGGGAUAUUCAUUGGAGUCACGCCUUCACUUCCGCAUCCACUUGGCACUGACUGAUUUGAGAAGUAAUCAAUCUCAAAAGGAUUCCUAAAGAAGCUAGUCACCAAAAAAUAAAUAAAUAAAAGAAGAGAGCUAUUUGUGCGUCGUAAACAAUCCCAACUGACUAGAGAAAAAAAAUAAAAGGAUUUUACUCUCUUUUGCAUAAAUUAGAAGAAGAAAAAUGGAAUGGAUUUAAUUUUGUAUUUUUGGUCAGUAUUUUUCUACUAAUUACUGCGUACUGUGCGUUGUUUUUUUUUAAUAGGAAAUAAUAUAAUUUAGAGAGAGAAGCCCAUUUUAUAAUAGUUUGUUGUUGUUGAAAAUAUAAAAAUAAUAAUUGUAAAAAAGAUGCAAAAUAAAAGCGAAAAAGGAGGGAAA